CGCCAGUCUGUGGUAAGCCAGUCCAAGACUAACCACGUUUAAUACGGGCUCGAUAUGUCUAAUUUGUGCUAGAGCCAGUAAAUAUUUGAGAAAGUCCAUAACCACCCCCAUUUCAAAUUGUGUUUAAUAUCCAUUCCCCUACUAGCUAGGUAGGUAGGAGCACUAUGGUCGACCGUCCAGAUGGAAAAAAGACGAAGGAGAGGACUCCGAAGGAGGAGAAGCUAUAUCCUGUGGAAAAGACAGCCGAUCCAAUCAUAUCUCAAAUCGGAGACUUUCGACGCUAUCAAUUAUUCUUCUGCGCUCUCAUAUUUCUCUCCAAAUUCGGAACUGGUUGGCAUACGCUGGGACACAUCUUUCUGGCCGCUCCCACCGAGCUGAGUUGCGGCACAGAAAACGUCACUGACGCCUGCAGUGACGAGUGUAAUGAUCUUGUGUUUGACACCAGCGUUUUCCACUCCACCAUAAUCACAGAAUGGAAUCUCACCUGUAAGAACAAAUCACUGGCAAGUUUAUCUCAGUCCAUUGUGAUGUUAGGCGUUAUGUUUGGCAGCAUGUUAUUUGGCAUGAUAGCAGAUCGUUUUGGACGCCGUCCUGCUUUUCUGGGCUGUUGUUAUAUGCAAUUAAUUACUGGACUCGUUGUAUGUGUCUCACCCACAUAUUGGUUCUAUUGUAUUGCACGGUUUCUGGUUGCCUUUGCCACAGGCGGAACAAUGACCACCAGUUUUGUCUUGAUCAUGGAGAUAAUUGGCCCAAAGAAGCGUGAACUUGUGGCAGUUCUCUAUCAGAUUCCCUUUAACAUUGGUCAUGCCUCGUUGGCCGUAUUUGCCUACUUUAUACGCACUUGGCGUUGGUUCCAGUUCAGCAUUACCAUAUUUUCGGUUGUCUUUAUCGUUUAUCUUUGCCUGGUGCCGGAAUCACCACGUUGGCUCUUCACCACGGGUCGAGUGGAUGAGUCGAUUCAGAUCUUGGAAAAAAUUGCCAAACAUAAUCGAGCUCCCAGGGAAAAUAUACGCCCAGAGAUUGAGGCUGGAUACAGAGCGUUGUCGGCACGACAACCUGCCAAAAAGGGCAACCUAUUGGAUCUCUUUAAGACUCCCUAUCUAAGAGUGAAGACCAUUUGCAUGGCCAAUAACUGGCUAGUGGUGUGCAUGGUGUACUAUGGCACAGCUCAGUAUAUAUCCAAAUUGGGAGGCGAUAUCUUCCUAAACAAUCUGAUAGCCGCCGGCUUGGGUAUACCUGGUACCUGCUUGUGUGUGGUUCUCACCAAAUGGCUGGGCCGUAAGAUCACUUUGAUGCUAUCGAAUAGUAUCAGUGCCGUAGGUCUCAUUCUCUUGGUAUUCCUUUCGGAAUCCUCGAUGUGGGUCCAAGUGGCUUGCGCCACUUUGGGGCUGUUUGGGGCCUCUAUUACAUUCCCCAAUGUUUAUCUUUAUGGCGGUGAACUUUUUCCCACAGUGGUGCGAUCGAAUGGUGUGGGCCUCUGUUCGAUGGUGGGACGCAUUGGUUCCAUUACAGCACCUUUGAUCUGUGAUCUGGCCAAUAUAAAGCCCUGGAUUACGCCCCUAGUCUUUGGCAUAUUCUCAGUUCUAGCGGUUAUUGGGACGAUAUUUAUUCCCGAGACACGGGGAAUGCCGCUGCCAGAGACUUUGGAGGAUGGCGAGACUUUUGGACGAAAGCAGAAACCACAGCAGAACUAGUUUUUUACAGUGUAUAAGUUACCUAACCUAGCUAAAUAAGUCGCACCACUAACUGGGCUGCUAAAAAUUAAUAAAUUUCAUUUGAAUUAAA